CACUCAUUACCUCAUUCUCUUUCUUCUCUCUCUCUAACUUCCAAUGGUCUCUCUCUCUCUCUUCAAUUUCAUGUAGUUUAUUUUGCAUGCUCUUUUUCCUUGGUUUUCACAGGGAGAAUUUGGUUCCAAUUAGCCAUCUUUCAGGACUUGAAUUAGAAUCACAAUAAGAAGCCAGGGGUGAUGGCAGGUGGAGAAGACUUCAAACCUAAGAUAGUUGAGUUGAAAGUCUUCAUCCACUGUGAAGGUUGCAACAAGAAAGUAAAGAAACUGUUAUCCACAAUUGAAGGUGUUUAUAGAACAACUGUGGAUCCAAACCUCCACAAAGUUUCAGUGGAGGUUCUUGGCAGUGUGAACCCUGAUACUCUUGUUAAAAAGCUCGUAAGAAAUGGGAAAAAAGCAGAGUUAUGGCAAGGAAAGAAGCCUGCCAAGGAAGAGAAAAAGGAACAAAAAGCAGAAGAAAAUGGCAAAGAAAAGGCAAAAGACAACACUGCCCCUGCAAAGAAAUCAGGCAAUGAAGGCAACAACAAAGAAGAGAAGAAAACUGUGAAGGAAGAUAAAAACGAGUUCACUGAGCAAGCAAUAGAGGAAAGCCCUAGCAAAAAGGGCAAUAAAAAGAGCCAAAAAGAUGGCGAUCAUGGUGAGGGCACAAGUGAAAAUUCUUCUUCUAAUAGUGGCAAUCCCGAUCCUCCUGCGGCCGGAAACAACUUUGGCCACGUUGUACCGGCCGUUAUGCCGCCGCCUGUUUCGUACAGAGUCGAGAAUUACUAUCCACAACCGCCACCACCCCCGGUUGUGUACUAUGGGAGGGAUGUGUAUGGACCACCAUACACCACCCCCACACCAUAUGGAUUGCCGCACACCACCCCCGCUCCCCAGGUCAUGUACCACACACACUAUGCCGCAACACAGCCUACGGCGUAUUAUACAGGCUACGCAGGUCCUGCAUACGCAUACGAUAGGGACAGGUACUAUGGACCCUCUUCUGCCUCGUAUACACAGGUUGUGCAUGAAGAUGUGGGUGAUUAUUUUAGUGAUGAGAACGCCAAUAGUUGUUCCAUAAUGUGAAUUUAGAGUUGGAAAUAUUCGAGUCCUUUUUCUAUGGUCAAAAAUAAGUGAGAGUGUUCAACAAUUUUGAGGCGCCGGAAGGGGGAUUCCAUACACAACUCUUGCAAAUUUUGAGCAAAAUGUGUAUAAAGUCGACUUCUUUUGGACUUCAUGUGGUACUACAACUAGGAUACUAGGAAAAUAGACGCCAAGGCAUGUGGUUGUUUUUUUGUUUUCCUUUGAAAGCAUUAGGAGCUACCUUUCGGUGGUGUAAGCAGAGGCUGUAAUUUAGGAAUUUAUGAUGCUUUUUUAUG